AAUAUUGAUCUUUUAAAAUUUGAGUUGACUUGGAAUCUUUUCGGCCAAGGUAUGUAACAAACAUAUAACCAACACACCUUCCUUUGUACAACAUAUGCUUGCCUUCGAUUUUUCGUCUACAAUCUCAAAUAAGCAUAAGUGAUGAGCCAUAGAGAAAUUAAAUUAAAGACGAUGACAUGAACAAAACAUUAUAUGUGAUGCCAACUAAGCAUGAUAUUAAAGAUGUUGAGUGCUUGCACUACUACGAUGAUGAAAUCUCCAGUUGUGGUUGUGGUUUUAUUGGGUUCAAGAAAAGCCAAGUAUUUGAUUACAAUUUCGGAGACGACGACGAUGAUGGUGAUUCAGAAGAGCUGUUUGAGAUAAAUAUGAAGAAGGAAAGUAGAUUGGAUUCAAUAAGAGAAGAAGAGUGGUGUGAGAGCAGUACUGUGUUCUCUCUAGAUAUACACAAUUAUUUAGAUGAUGUUGUUUAUGUGGCAGUGGGAACAAAUAUUAAUGGUGGAAGUUCAAGCAUGGAAGCACUUUCAUGGACCUUGAAACAUGCCGUGACACCAGAAACAACUACUGUUUAUCUCCUACACGUUUUCCCUCAAGUCAAACUAAUUCCAACUCCAUUGGGAAAGAUUCCAAGGAGUCAUGUAAAUGUAGAGCAUGUUAACAUCCACUUGACCCAAGUGAAAAGCAAGAGGAAAUUGCUCCUUCAGAAGUUCAUGAAGCUAUGUAUUGAAUCAGAGGUUAAGGUAGAAAUGAUGCUUAUUGAGGGUGACAACGUUGGUGAAGCCAUUGUGGACCUUGUAGGGAAUCUAAAUAUAAGGAAAUUGGUGAUUGGAACUACCCAAUCUAAUCUAAGCAAAAAAGGGCCAGGAAAGCAAAAUUCCAUUGCGGACAUGGUGUUAAAAACCGUACAAGAAAGUUGUGAUGUCAAAAUCAUAUGUGAAGGAAAAGAAGUAAUCGAUCAGAUGAUUAAUGGGUUCAGUACUUCAAAACACACCAGAAACAGAAACAGUAGCAGUUCCACAAUUUCUCAUCAAGUUAAGGAAUCCCAUGGUUUUGUCCCACUCAAGCUUUUCAUGCCCAAUCUAUCUUGGUUAUUUAGGUCCAGAUUUUUAUCACCAAGAUGACUAAAUAUUACAUAUGUAUAUACAAAUAGUUUUUUUUUGUUUUUGUUUUGUAACCAAGUGAUUGAGAUUGGAUACCAAAUGAAUAGUCUAGUCUAGAAUAAAAGACCAUCACAGUCAACACCUGUAAUUUCUUACAAAUCAUAGAUAUUUUUAAAUUUCCAGGUUGGACUAAAUACAUUUUCAAUUUUGCAUUUAA